CCCCAAAUCUCUCUCUUUCUCUCUUCUUCCAAUUUCUCCUUCUCCUCUUUUUCUGCAGAAACUAUCAAAAAAUCUCUUCGUUUUCACAAAUUCUCAUUUACUAUAUUAAAAAAAAAACCCUUUCAAAAUUCUUCUUCUUCAAGAAAAUGGCGGUGGAUCUUUUAUCGGAAAAUUCUAAUAUGAGUCCAAGAAUCUCAUUUUCACGUGACUUUUGUCAAUCAGACGCAAUACCAAUCGAGAAACGUCCCUUAAGAUCAUCAAACUCUAAACCAUCAAGUCUCAAUUCAAGCAUAGAUUUCGAUUUCUGCAUUCCCGGCGGCGUAAAUUCCGGCGAAAGCUUCGACCAAGGUUCUUGGUCCGCUGAUGAACUCUUCUCUAACGGCAAAAUCUUACCAACAGAGAUCAAGAAAAAACCAGAACCGGGAAAAAAAGAACCAGAACCAAAACCGGUUAAGACUAAACCGGAUUCAAGAAAGCAGAGGAAACAAAACGAAGAACAACAAGAAGACGACGUGAUCAUCACGACGGAGGAGAAAACCAAUACGAAGUCGUUUUGGGGGUUUAAGAGAAGCAGUAGUUUAAACUGUGGAAGUACUUAUGGUCGGAGUUUAUGUCCGUUACCGUUACUAAACCGGAGUAAUUCAACCGGUUCAACAUCGAGUAAACAGAAACAGAGCAGCUCAAGGAAACAUAACGAACAUGUGAAGUUACAACAAUCUUCAUCGUUGUCUUCUUCAUCUUCUGCUUCGUCUUCGUUGAGUAAUAAUGGUUUUUCGAAACCACCAUUAAAGAAAAGCUAUGGAGGGUAUAGUUAUGGUAGUCAUCAUGGAGGUGGUGGGAUUAGAGUGAGUCCGGUUAUAAAUGUUGUUCCUUCUGGGAAUUUGUUUGGUUUUGGUUCGAUGUUUUCUGGUAAUGGAAGAGACAAGAACAAGAAGAGAUAAAAUGUAAGAAUAGAUAUGUUUUCUGGUU